AGCACAUAUAUAUCUGGUUACCAAUUGUUCUGAUGUUUAAAUGCUAAGACUACCUACUCAGCCAACUUUGAUUCUAAUAAAACGAGGCUCAAAUGUAGAUAGGUUUGGAAAAUUCCUCCCGACAACAUCUCAUAAUGUCACAUAACGUGUUAAUCACUGGUGGAUCUGGGUAUCUCGGGGGCACGCUCCUCGCUCGCAUGGGCGGCGCAAAUCUACCUCCUUACGGAAAGUUGUACGCUUCGGCGCGGACGGCAGAGCAAGCAGAUAGCCUUCGACAAUACGGAGCGCAGCCCCUGUCCUUCAACUUGAAGGAUGAAACCGAAAUAUGGGCUUCCAUUGUCGAGAACGAAAUAACAGUGGUUUACUAUAUGAUCGAUGCGAUCUCUUACGACCCUCCAUUGUUCUUCAUUAAGGCGCUCGCUGAGGUGAAAAGAAGAACUGGACAAACGGUUCACUUCCUUCACACUACGGGAGCGAAGCUCUUUUCUAGUCACGCAGGCGCCCCGACUGAUCGUCCGCUAUUAGAUACCGAUCCUAAGCUCUACGAUAUCCAGAUGUCUCAACGUGCAAAGUUGGGUCCAAUCCAAGAAGCCGUCAACAACAGUUGCGCAGUAAUAGAGCAAGCCGAACGGCACGGCGUGAGAAGUUAUAUCUUCGUCCCUUGCAUCGUGUAUGGGAAGAGCGAAGGGUUCGGCGAACCUAUCGCGACGUUAAGACAGAUUGUCAAUGUCGUACAAGCAGCAAAGGCGUUGAAACGUGUAUACCGUGUUGACCCUGACCGUCCGACAUGGCCGGUCUGUCAUGUAGUAGACAACACUGGGGUAUACAUAGAGUUGCUGCGGAAGAUUCUAGUAAACGGGAACCCUAGCCAUGGUAAAAACGGCUAUUAUCUGGCUUCUUCGGGAAGCAUCGCAUGGGAUGAUCUAUACGAUGCUGUGGGCGUAGCUCUCGCUAAACGUGAUAUCGUGAGCGACGAAAAGGUGGAAACGGCGAACGACCAAAUCCUGGAGAAAAUGGGGGCCGCACUAGGUCGCCCGAAGGAAUUCGUGCCCCUUCAAUUAGGUGGAUGGUGUACAUUCACGGCCCGCCGCGCCGAAGAAGAGCUUGGAUGGAAGCCCAUCUUUAACCCGCAGCAUAUAUUAGAGACUGUUGACGCCGAAGUUGAACGAAUUCUUUUCCAUAUGACAUAA